GCGGCCGCGCUGCCUGUCCCGCCGGCUUGGCCUCGCUGUCCACUCGGCUGAGUCGCGGCCCCUGCGCGCCAUGAGCCCCGCGCGACCGAGCGUCCCCGCGGUGCUGCGCGUCCUUGGCGGGCGGCCCCUGCUGCUGCUGCUGCUGCUGCUGAGCGCCCCGGCCGUGCAGGGUGACUGCGGCCUGCCGCCGGAAGUGCCCAAUGCCCAGCCGGUGCUGGAAGGGCUCUCGACCUUCCCCGUGCAGCACACGGUAAGGUACAAGUGUAAUGAAGGUUUCGUGAAAGUUCCGGGCAAGCCAGACUCCUCCUUAUGCCAGGAAAACAACCAGUGGUCAGAGGUGAAAGAAUUCUGUAACCGCAGCUGCAAUGACCCCCCCAGACUGCUCUUUGCAUCCCUUGAAAAGACUUACAGCAAUCAGAACUACUUCCCAGUCAACUCCACGGUGGACUACCAGUGCCGAAUGGGCUUCAGAAGGGAACGAGACCUGUCCGCAACACUCACUUGCCUUGACAAUUUAGAAUGGUCCAAACCUGCCGAGUUUUGUAAAAAAAGAGCAUGUCCUAAUCCUGGAGAGCUGCAAAAUGGCAAUGUCAAGAUAGAAACUGACCUGUUAUUUGGUUCCUCCAUCUCCUUCUCAUGUAACACAGGGUAUAAAUUGAUUGGUGCAUCUUCCAUUUACUGUGUUGUUAAAGAAAAUAGUGUUGGGUGGAGUGACCGGUUGCCAAUGUGCCAAGAAAUUUUUUGUCCAGAACCUCCAAAGAUUGAGAAUGGAAUGAUUAAAGAAGAAUUUAACGUUUAUGUAUAUAGACAGACUGUAACAUAUGAAUGCAACAGAGGCUUCACUCUGGUUGGACAGCAUUCUAUUUAUUGCGACGUAGAGAAUGAAGAAGGAGUGUGGAGCGGCCCAGCACCUGAGUGCAGAGGAAGACAUGUACCUCCCAAGCCUCCACCAGAAGUUCAGGAAUCCACAACAGUUCCGUCGGCUCAGAAGCCUACCAAAGUAAUUGUUCCAGCCACACAGAGUGUACCUGUUCCCAGGGCAACCACGCGUAUGUACACAACAGGCACAACUAAAGGCAAAGGAAGCUCGCCUUCAGGUGCUGCCAAUCUUAUAUCUGCCACAGGUAUCCUUCAGUGUAAUUUGCUAGUGUGUACUGCCUGCUUCCGUGGUCUGCCAGCCACCGUGCUGAUGACUGAAGGUGACCAGUGAGGACAGGUCGCGAUGGCUUCAGCGUUUCGUGUAGUCCUACGUGUACACAAUGGGAAUCUUACUAAAUACUCCUUUUUGUUAAAGAAACAUGCCUUCUAAACUUAACUUGAUUUUCCUACCUAGAGCUCUUCAGUUGAAUGACCAGGACAUUUUAAUCAUAAUUAUAACUUCAUCAUUUCAUACUUCAUUGUUGCCAAGUUGUGCGAAUCUUAUGUUGACACUGAUUCACCUUUGGAUUUUUUGAGUUUUGAGCUCACAGAGUCCUGCCCAUAUGCCUGAAAGUCUUGUUGGUUUCUAAUUUGGGAGAUAAUAUGCACUUGUUAAUUUUUAUGUUGAAUUUUAUUUCUCAUAUUCCUGUGUUUUGCUUUGAUUUUCUGUUAAUUCAUGCAGCCUCCGCAAACUUUUUCUAGAAUUACAAAUGUCUAUUGACCGGUGUUCUUGGAAUAGCCUUUUACUUGUGUCAUCCGGGUUCCUGAAUACUUUUGAGAGAAUUGUCUGUUUCCAUUUGUCAUUUAAAUUGAAAGUGAGAUAAGUGAUGAGACUAAUAGGAACGAGUGAAGGGGAGAAGAGCUGUGAGUUAUUUGUGGAUAAUCUUUCUAAGCCAAUGACACAGUGCUAGGAGAGCAACUUAAAAAAAUGGAUUAGGUAAAAUACUAUAAAAAUGUACCUGUUAUGGAAGUAGGUUUUUUUUAAAUCAUGCAUCCGUUUGGCAUAGUCUGUAGUUUGUUGAUAUAAUUAGCUCCAGUUGCUUCACUCAUGUCAGCUGAAUUUCCUUUGCAGUACAGCUCAGAAGAGUAAACUGGAAUACACUGCACGUGGAGGUGGAAGUGGGGGACAGGGGCGGGAACCGAGUGGUUUAGAGAAAUAAAACCAUGUGGAAAACAAGUUGUAAACGUGAUUGGCUGCUGGCCAGCUUACUUGGCUAAUUAAUUGCUGCUGUUCAGCUCAAAAUAAUGUUUUUAAUCUUAAAAGUAAACACAGCAAUGACAUGUCAUGAGUGAUGGAUUGAGCCCUGGAAGGCGCACUCUACAGGCGCGGAGAGUGUAGUUCACCCCGCAGUCUACCUCGAUGGGGAAAUGGCUGUGCUCUCUACUGUGAACUCAGUAGAAGGCCUUCUCACUAACCACACGGGCAGCCGGCACCUCUCUGAGACCCACUGACGCACCUACAACGUGACGUGACCUCCACAAUACCUGCUAGGUCUCAGAUUUCACCUGAUCAUCGUGUUCGAGUGAUCAGGGAUCAGAAUGUUGAACAUUGAGCAUGGUUAGGCUGAGACUCUGAAAUCCCCUCACAUGUGUCAAAAGGUUGUGUUUGAACGUUGUGACACUUUAAACAUGUUCUUUCUUUCAAAGAAAAUAGGACAAGUAACAUGCAGUGUUUAUGGUCAAACUUGGGAUGGAAGAAAGCCGUGGGCAAAAUGCAGCUCACGUCUUCUCUUUCAGUUUGCUUUUCAACCAGCGUGUAUCUUACUGUGAACCUGCAGUGUACAUGUGUGUUAUUGCUUGUAUUUCUAUUAACUGUGUUACCACGUUUUUCCCCU